CCGACCAUCUGUUCAUCAGCACUCUGUUCAUCAACACCAAGGGAGGAUGUCAGAUCUGGCUCAGCCACAUGGCAACCAUCCACGGCGUCCAGGUUUCAAACCUGUACAAGAAGGUCUCCUGGGAGGAUAUGACAAAGGAAUGGAAGAAGCGGUUCAUCGUCGACGACGCCCCGACACUCAUCGUCAACCGCAUCUUCACGAUGACUCAAGGGAGCACACCGACACGUGACUGGCUCACGGAUUGGCAGAAGAUCGUGGCCACGCCCGAUCUGGACUUACCAUUUCCGCAUCUGCACCGUGAGUUCUACAACAGGUCAUGCGCCGCUCUCAGCCUCGCACUGGGUGAUCGCGAGCAAUACAAUACUUUCGCAGAGAUCAUCAACAAGGCGAGAGAGAUCAUCAAGACCAACAUGGCGGCUGCACACGAGAAGUCAACGUGGCAACCAAACUAUGUGGAGAAGGUAAGAACUGGUCCACAACAGCAGCAGUUCGCUGCAGUCCAAUCGGACAACACUGUGGAAGACCCGACAGCCACCCAAGAGUCACGUGAGGGAGAUCAGGUGGCUGAUGUCCAGCCGCGAAGCAACAUCAAGUCCCGAGGAAACGGGAAGGCGAAAUCAGCAUCACCGGCUGGAAAUGGACAGCCUGCACCACCAUGGGUCAAGUUCGGCUUGACCGAGGCCGAGUACAAGUACCGCGGCCGUUACGACUGCUGUUAUUGGUGCAACAACACCAAGCACAAGACCUCCGUUUGCCAGGAUCAGGCCAAGGAGGAUGUGCGGCCUCAUUCGGCCGCCUUGCUAGCGGCCUCCUACACAUCUGGGGAGGAUGCGAAUGUCGGAAGUUCUCGGUAUGCUUACGAGGACUAUGCUGUCCACGUGGUCCCACCGCUGGACCCACCGCUCCACGUGCAACUAUCUACCGCAUGCACAGUUUCAUCACCAUCGGCAACCGAUUCGGCAGCUUCGCCGCAAUCUAUUGCCAGGGAUUCGACAUCAUGGUCAAGACUUGAAGAGCUUGACCCGUUGACGUUCACGGACUUCCAGUGGAUGCCCGUUCCCCCGACCGGUCGAUUGCCGAAACCGCAUUGCAACGUGCUCAUGGCACAAUUGCGGGAUUACUUGCACACUGCAGUACCGACUCCGUUGAUGGACGCCGGAGCAGAGGUUGUCGACCUUCACGCCUGCAUUGCGAAGAUCGACCGCGAGUUCAAGACGCAACGGAAGUCCCAGCCCACGCAAGUCACGCUGGCGGACAGUCACACGCACAAGUCAAUCGACCGGUGCAUUGAUGACGUCCCAGUGUACUUUGCCCCUCACACAAGUGAGGCGGUGUCCUUUGACAUUCUGAACACCAAAUUCGACAUGAUCUUGGGCAUGUCAUGUCUGCGAAGCGAGGAUCACCCGGUGAACUUCUACCGCCACACCGUUCACGUUCGUGAUCGGAACGGAGUACUAGUCCUAUGCACGGUAGCUCCUCCUCACCCUUCAAUCAGCUGUCACGUGGUGUCCGCCGCAAGCAUGCGAGCUUCCAUCAUCAGAGACUACAUCGAGGAGAUGGGGGUGUGUUUUCUCCACGCCCUCCCGCCCCAUGACGCUUCAUCGACGGACUCAUCUUCGGAUCCACGCAUCACCGAUCUUCUCGACCCCUACAGCGACGUGUUCGAAGGCCCGCACGGAGUAGUACCGGAUCGACCCAUCCGCCACGAGAUCAUCCUCGAGGACGGGGCCGUACCUCCGCGUGGUUGCAUCUACCGAAUGAGCGAGGAAGAGUUAAGUGUGCUUCGGGCACAACUCGACGACCUUCUGGAGAAAGGCUGGAUUCGGCCUAGCUCAUCGCCAUACGGUGCUCCUGUUAUCUUCGUCUGGAAGAAGAAUAAGGAUUUGCGGUUGUGCAUCGAUUAUCGCAAGCUCAACGCGCAGACAAUCAGAAACGUCGGCCCUCUCCCACGCAUCGACGAUCUUCUCGAGCGACUGGGCGACGCCAAGUUCUUCUCCAAGUUCGAUCUCAAGUCGGGAUAUCACCAACUCGAGAUUCGGCAGGAGGAUCGCUACAAAACCGCGUUUAAGACGCGAUAUGGGCAUUUCGAAUGGCUGGUUAUGCCAUUUGGCCUUACGAAUGCCCCGACCACUUUUCAAGCGGCUAUGAUAACGGAGUUCCGACACAUGCUGGAUCAAUACGUACUUAUCUACCUCGACGACAUCCUGGUGUACAGCCGGAGUUUGGAGGAGCAUGUGGAACACCUGCGCACCGUUUUGGAGCGGCUACGACAAGCCAAGUACAAAGCCAACCGCGACAAGUGCGAAUUUGCGCGGCAGGAGCUGGAGUACUUGGGACAUUAUGUGACGCCGCAAGGCAUCCGUCCGCUUGCGGACAAGAUCAAGGCCCUACGAGUAUGGCCCGAGCCCACCAACACCACGGACGUUCGUUCCUUCAUGGGAUUGGGGGGUUACUAUCAGCGAUUCAUCACCGGAUACUCGAGGAUUGCUGCACCUAUGACGAGAUUACAAUCGCCAAAGGUGCCAUUCGUAUUCGAUGACGACGCACGCCGGUCAUUCGAAGCACUUAAGACGGCUAUGCUCAUGGCACCCGUCCUUAGCACUCUCGCGAAGACCUGACCUUUGCGCUAUGACACAUCAUGCCUUCGCAUUCGACGAGGAGCUUCAGCGA